AUGGCAGUAAAACAUGAGACUGGUUUUACGGAUUUAGUAAAAGGUUUACUUGAAGGUUUCAUGCCUGAAAAAGAUCCUCGUCUUAUGUUUAAUAACACGGUAGUAUUGAUUGAACAUGGAGACGAUUCGGUCAGAGUAUUUACUGAUGACGGAAGAAUGCUUGAAGCUGAUUUUGAUGUCGCUACAUUCAGUUUAGGAGUUUUACAACAACGAGAAGUAAAAUUCUCCCCGCCUUUGCCACCGAAAAAACAAUUAGUUAUAGAUAUGUUUGGUUUCUGCCGAUUCACUCAUAUAUACCUCCAAUUUCCACGCUCUUUCUGGGACGAAACAAUGUACAUUCUUCGCGCAUCUAAAAUUCGGGGACAUUUCAGCUGCUGGCGAAACCAGAAUACGCUUUACUCGGGAUCAAACAUUUUACAUCUUUCUCUGUUUGGAGAUGACGCAACAUGGGCUGAUAGGUCCACCGAUGACAUGGUCAUACAAGAAGUUCUGAACAUCUUGCAAUCGCUAUACCCGAACGUUACCAUUCCAAAAUUGUCCGGGUUCAAAGUUUCCCGGUGGAACACGGAUCGACUGACACGAGGAGCGUUUAGCUACUGGCCUACCGGGUUCACUGAUGAAAACAUGAAGUACCUCCAGGCACCGGAUGGGCGGUUAUUCUUUGCCGGGGAGCAUCUAGAUCCUGUCCAUUAUGGGUUCGUUCACGGUGCGUAUAGAUCUGUCCAACGUACCGCGGAGGAUCUUGUACAGUGUAUAGAAAACCCGUCAAAGUGUGCAUGGUCAUCCAUGACGUCAGAUGACUAA